GUAAAAUAAAUUAAAAAAAAAAAAAAAAAUAGUUUUUUAAUUUUUUUAUUGAUAAAAAAAUCUUGGAUCUUGGAAGUAAAACAUUGGUAUUUUUUGUUACGAAUAUUUGUUGUACAGUUGUCAGUUUUUAAUUUUUACACAAAAUAUAUAGGUAGUUGGCAAUGGCUGGAGACGGAGAAGACCUGUUUGGAUUAUAUCCAGAAAUAGAUUCAGAUGAUGAAGAAGAAAACCCCGCAGACACCUUAGAGAGUGCAGUAGAGUCUGAUGAAUUUGGUUCAAAGAGCAAUCAAAUUGAGUUUAGCAAAGGUUCAGUUUCAUGCCUCAAUGAAUGCUAUACAGCUGAAGCACAAAGAUUGUGUAUCUUAGACGUGGUGAAAAAGCUGAAUAACAGCGAUCAUUAUGAUAUAGGAGGAACAUAUUGUAUUCACAACUCAAAUAUACAAUCUGAGCUUUGGUUCUAUUGCACUACAUCAAUAUUACCGCAUGGUAAUUGUCUUUUGAAUAUAUUCUUCUGUGACCGACAAGGACGUUCAGUAUCUAUAGGCAUCAGUGAUGCAAAUACAAUAACAAAGAAAACAAUAUACUGCAAUGAUACUGUAUCAACUCAAGUACGGCUCUCUAGCACUUUAUGUUGGAAGACGUUUAAAUCAAACGAACGAGAAGAGAGCCACCUUUUGAAGACUUAUUGCUUCUCAAAGGAAAAUGUGAGGUCGUUAGACAAACAAAUACUUUGCAUCCCAAUAGAGAUAAAGAUUAAUGAGGCAAGUGUUGUAGAUAGAGGAACAAUGCUCAGGAUUAAGAAAAACCACGACUUGUCAGAUCUGUUCAAAAGGGGAGAGUACACUGAUUACACAUUAGAAUCUAGCAGCGGGAUGAAAUAUGAAGUUCAUAAAUUACUUUUAGCAACACACAGUUCAGUUUUGCGGAAUAUGCUGAAGAAUUCCAAUGCAGACUCCUUGCGUCUUAACAUUGAUGACAAAGGAAUGGAACAAUUCUUGGAAUACAUUUACACCGGUUCGGUCAAAGAUAUCUUGGAUCACAACUGGAGUCAGCUGAUUGAGUUGGCGGACCAAUUUAAGUUGGACAAACUGUUCAAGGAAGCUGAGAAUGCAAUAACAGAGCAGAUUUGCGUUAAAAAUGCGAUAGAUGUAGCCGUCUUGUCAGAAAAGUACAAGUUGGUUGGAAUUCAAAGAAAAGUGUUUGAGUUCAUCAAAGCUCAUCCUGAAGUACUAGAGACUGAUGGUUGGAAGCAUUUGGCCGAUAUAGACUUAACAAAGAAAUUGUUUCAACAAGUGCACAGUGUUCUUUCUAAUUAACAUGUUGGACCGUCAUUCCCGACUUCUUGGAGGGGAAUAUUGGUCAUAUUAUGAAAAAUAUGGAAAUAUUCUUUAAAAAAAAAACUCGGUUUUUAUAAUUUUUUUUUUAUAACACUUACUUGUUGAUUAUAUAAAAAACAAGUUAAAGUCUAUUUUAAAAAAAAAGAGUUACACACAUGUAUAUAUUAUACUAGGACAGAUGUUAAAGUUGUGGUAUUUUAAAAUAUUCAUAAUAUUACAGAAUUUUGAUUG